UUUUCAGCUAGCGAUGGUAAACAGGAAGUGCUUCUCUGAUGGUAUCCGGGUGAAUUUAAACGCUCGUGCACGCUUAGCUUCUCAGAACCUGAUGUGACCGUGUACAGAUUGAAUCCCAAGAUCAGAAUGGCUCACAUCACGAUCAAUCAAUAUCUCCAGCAGAUCCAGGAGGCCAUUGACAACAGAGAAGGCAUUUUCUCUGCAGAGCUGCUGUCUUUCAAACACCCACAUGUAGCCAAUCCUCGACUACAGUUAUCCAGUCCGGAGGAUAAAUGUCAGCAGGUGCUGGAGCCUCCUUACGAUGAGAUGGUUGCUGCACAUCUGAGAUGCACUUAUGCUGUGGCAAACCAUGACUUUGUGGAGGCAUACAAAUGUCAGACAGUGGUGGUGCAAUCGUUCCUGAAAGCUUUUCAAGCUCAUAAAGAAGAAAACUGGGCUUUACCUCUGAUGUUUGCUGUUACACUUGAUCUGCGAAUAUUUGCCAACAACGCGGAGCAGCAGUUACAGAAGAAGGGCAAGGGAAAGGUCGGAGACAUGCUGGAGAAGGCAGCAGAGCAGCUCAUGGGCUGCUUCCGAGUGUGUGCCAGCGACAAUCGUGCAGGUAUUGAUGACUCCAAGAAGUGGGGGAUGUUGUUUCUCGUCAAUCAGCUGUUCAAGAUUUAUUUUAAGAUCAAUAAGUUGCAUCUGUGUAAGCCUCUUAUCCGGGCCAUUGACAGCUCCAACCUGAAGGAUGAUUACAGCAUGGCGCAGCGAGUUACCUACAAGUACUACGUGGGCCGCAAAGCAAUGUUCGACAGUGACUUUAAACUGGCGGAAGAAUACUUGUCCUUCUCCUUCCAGCACAGCCAUCGCUCCUGCCAGAGGAACAAGCGUCUCAUUCUCAUCUACCUGCUGCCUGUUAAGAUGUUGCUAGGCCACAUGCCAACAAACCAGCUCCUUAAGAAGUACGAUCUCAUGCAGUUUGCGGAUGUCACUAAGGCCGUGAGUGAGGGCAACCUUUUGUUGUUGAACGAGGCUCUCGUCAAACACGAGACCUUCUUCAUCCGCUGUGGGAUCUUCCUCAUCCUCGAGAAACUGAAAAUCAUCACCUACAGGAACCUUUUCAAGAAAGUGUAUCAUUUGCUAAAGACUCACCAACUUCCUCUAGAUGCAUUCCUGGUUGCACUGAAAAUGAUGCAGGUGGAGGAUGUGGACAUUGAUGAGGUUCAGUGCAUCCUGGCCAAUCUCAUAUACAUGGGUCACAUCAAAGGCUAUAUUUCACACCAGCACCAGAAGUUGGUUGUCAGUAAGCAAAACCCAUUCCCACCCUUAUCCUCUGUAUCUUAGACUACAGCUGCCAUAAAGGAUCUGCCAAACUACAACCUCCUCCAUACUGACUCCUGCUGUAGUCCUGUGAUUUACGGAAUUAGUUGUACAGUAGUUCCAGAUUGGAAAGUGUCUCCACAAAGUAUAAUUCUUGGCCAGCGAUAAAGUAAGCAAAAUUUUUGAUUGAGUUUUAAAUCCUCACAUUUAAUGGAUUUUUCAGCAGUAGUUUAUUGAAAAAAUAAAAUCGAUAAGACGAAGAGCUGUGCUGAUUAAAUGUCAGAAUGCACUUCCUGUUUAAUCUGAACAUGAUGUUUUUGGUAGUGAAACAUCUGGCGUUCCGUGGCGCACCUCAGCACUGUAGUUUCUCAGUUUUGUAUUAUAUUCAAUUAUUGUUUUUAUUUUUUGUGUAAAAUAAACUGUUUUUGUACAAUU